AUGGGUCAGCUUCCCUCCAAGCCCAAGAAGGGCGCCAAGUUCCGGGUCAUUGGUGCUGGCAUGUGCCGUACCGGUACAAAGACCCUGAACGAGGCUCUUAGCAUCCUCUGCGAUGGCCCCUGCCACGACUCUGGUAUUCAGUCCCUCGGUGGCAGUCUCCACGAGAUCAAGACGUGGCUCGAUGUCAUGGAGCUGGCGCCGCGCCAAAACACCAAGGAGGACGAGGAGCACAUGGACUACCUGAUCCGAUCGCUCUUUGACGGCUACGUGGCGACCAUGGACUGUCCGGCCGCGACGCUGGUGCCCGAGAUCAUGCGGGCGUACCCCGACGCCAUUGUGGUGGCGACGACGCGCGAGCAGGCGUCGUGGUGGAAGAGCAUGAAGCACAUGAACGGCCUCAUGUCCAACUGGUACCUGCCCGUCGUCGUCAUGUGGCUGCGCAAGGCCCAGGGCUACGGCCAGUGGGGCUCGCGCUUCCAGGCCCUCAGCAAGUGGCGGUACGGCUCCGAGGGCAUCCGCGAGCCCACCAAGGCCAUCCACGAGGAGCACCUCCGCCAGGUCGUGCCCCCCGAGAAGCUGCACUGGUACAGCGUCAGCCAGGGCUGGGAGCCCCUGUGCAAGAUCCUCAACGUCCCGAUCCCCGACGUCCCCUUCCCCCACAACAACAGCAAGCUCGAGGCCGAAAAGUCCUGGCAACGCCACAUCAUCUCGGGCGCUGGCUCUUGGAUCUUUGUCCUGGGUAUCAUGACUUGGUUCUUCUACUACGCCUCCAUCUGGAUGAACGAGGUCUCCGAGGAGGGUGAGGCCAUUGAGAUUUGA